AUGUCGAGACUACUCCAAGGAAAGGUUGCAGCAAUUACUGGAGGAGUGACUGGUAUUGGAAAAGCCAUAGCAAUCGAUUACUUACGACACGGAGCAUCCGUCGUUGUGAACCACUACCCGGAUGCAAAGUCAGCUGAGCAAUUCGAAACGCUGAAAUCUGAAGUCGGUCAAGAUGCUCCUCUUGACGCCGUACCUGGAGAUAUCUCAAAGCCGGAGACCGGUCAAGACCUCGUAGCGAAGACCGUACAGCAGUAUGGCAAGCUAGACAUCUUCGUGAGCAACGCGGGUGUCUGUGAGUUUGCCGAUUUCUUAACGAUCUCACCUGAUCUGGUCAACCACACCAUCUCCACCAACCUCAACGGCGCCUACUUCGCAGUCCAAGCAGCUGCCCAACAAAUGUCAAAGCAAUCACCACCGGGAGGCAACAUCAUCGGCGUCUCCUCUAUCUCCGCCCUCGUCGGCGGCGCAGGCCAAACGCACUACACGCCCACCAAAGCUGGCAUCCUGUCUUUGAUGCAGAGUACCGCCUGCGCGUUAGGAAAGUACAACAUCCGUUGCAAUGCCCUUCUGCCCGGGACCAUUCGGACUCAGCUGAACGAUGAGGAUUUGGCGGACGAGGGGAAGCGGACGUAUAUGGAGGGGAGGAUACCGUUGGGUAGGCUGGGGCAGCCGAAGGAUCUGGCGGGGCCGGCGGUUUUUCUUGCGAGUGAGUUGAGCGAGUAUGUUACCGGGGCGCAGCUGUUGGUUGAUGGAGGGUUGUUUGUCAAUUUGCAAUAG